CUCAAUUCCUCUUGUAUGUAUGAAAACAGUCUUCAGGACGUGGUUUUCGUUGAACGCCGGGCCACUGGGAUUUCCUGAAACAAUCGGCCGAAGCGUUGAUUGACGCAGCGGACCCAAUUGAAUGCGGCGGCCUUCUGGACCGAGAAGGCUGAGUGGCGCUUGGGGGGGUUGGGACGAAGUGGGAGGGAAAAGAAAGUGUUCAGGGACCGAAUUCGAGGGGCAGCGAUGCGAUGCGAGGGAUUCAAACAUGAAAGAGACGACGGGUCAAACGUACCAGAGGAUUCUUUAUCAAGGCGGGGGUGGAUCUGGUGUGGUGGCAGCUCGAGCGCAAAGAUGUUGGCGGAUCAGCAGGAUUUGGGAAUGGAAUGGUGUUGGAGGUGAGGAUUGUUGUCGACCUGUGCUGUGCUGGGCUCGCAACAGUUGGGGACCUCCGUCGUGGGCCGUGCUGGUACGGCAUUGGUUGGUGCAACUUGGUGGUGGGCACAGCAUCGGCCACGGAAGCUCUUCCUCGUGUCCCAGGCUUCCUCCCACGCCUCCCUCCCUCGCCCUCACCGUAAAAAGGUCGAUUUCACUGCUAGCGCCUCACUCCCCCAACCAGACAGGGGUCGGCUCGCAGGCAUCCUCUCAACAUCCCGCCGCCGCUUCCCACACCCGCUCUUCUCGGUGGUCCGUACCUGUUGCACCCCGUCACCCGUGGUUCAACAACGAAACGAGUCAAUCGAGUUGACCGAAUUGGCCUGACUUGCUCGCUCUUGCGCCAACUCCGUCAAAUACUCGACCGCACUGCACUCUGUCCACCCUCCUCCCAUCUGCGCGACUCUUCACCUCCACGAUUGUUUGCCUC